AUGUCCGGUAUUCCUAAUCUCCCUGAGACAUUCGAUGAUCUCCCCGACAAGCGUCGGUUCUGGCCUGGGACCGCAGGGUCAGAAGAAGAAGGGCUGGGAAUGCUCCGCCUUCUGACGCCCGAGUUAGUCGCUCGCGCCGCACAAACACAAAUCCAAACAGGCGAGCGGGUAUGCUUAAACUGGAACAUGGAGAAUUUGAACCCACCAGGAUUCGGUCGCAAACCAUUCGAGCACCGUGUCAAAUGGGUCGCUGAGGGUGUCGCUUUCGAUGACGAGUACCACUUCAACCCACAGCAGUCCUCCCAGUGGGACGGCCUCCGGCACCACAAUGCGCCGGCCCCAACACCAGAAGACGAAGACCGACGCCUUUUCUACGGCGGUACGACGGCCGAGGAAAUUCUAAACGAGAACUCGUCGCGGAUUGGCAUUGGGUUUUGGGCGAAGAAGGGUAUUGCCGGGCGCGGCGUGCUGAUCGAUUACGUCUCCUACGCGGAGAGGAAUGGCCUCAGCGUAAACGCGCUGAGUCGGCAAGUAAUUUCAUUGGACGAGGUGCAGAAGAUCGCGCGCGAAUGCAACAUCAUAUUCCAAAAGGGCGAUAUCUUUUUCUUGCGGGUCGGCUUGCCCGGGACGUGGGAGCGGAUGUCGGCCGAAGAGCGGGUAACAUAUAGUCAGCAGGGCAUGCCGCAGCAUGCCGGAAUCGAACAGAGUGAGCGAGUGCUGCGCUUUAUAUGGGAUAAUCAUUUUGCGGCUGUUGCAUCCGAUGCUGUUAGCUUUGAGGUUUUCCCGCCUCUGAACCCGGAGUUCGAUUUGCAUCAUCAUCUUCUGGCUGGGUGGGGUGUGCCUAUUGGGGAGAUGUUUGAUUUGGAUGAAUUGGCUGCGACAUGCAAGCGUUUGAAGCGUUGGAGUUUCUUUAUUUCGAGUAGUCCGUUGAACUGCUCCCGGGGAGUGUCUAGUCCCCCUAACUGCAUGGCUAUUUUCUAG